UCGGGCCUCGGCCUUAUAAAAGCCACGCCUGAGUGGCAGUGACACUCCACAUCUUCACCACGCCGCAUCCUCAAGCGAGCCAUGACGACGAAGGCUAUCGCGGUGCUCAUCUGCUUCGCCGGCGCCGCGCUGCUCGCCGCGGCCGGCGGCGCCAGCGGGCAGCAGCAGGGCGUGUGGAGCAUCAUCACGCGGCCCAUGUUCCAGCGCAUGCUCAGCCACCGCGGCGACAGCGGCUGUCAGGGCGCCUUCUACACCUACGACGCCUUCAUCGAGGCCGCCAGCAAGUUCCCCGGCUUCGGCACCACCGGUGACGACCAGACCCGCCGGCGGGAGCUCGCCGCCUUCUUCGGCCAAACAUCCCACGAAACCACCGGUGGAUGGGCUACUGCUCCGGAUGGACAGUUCGCCUGGGGAUACUGCCGGGUGAAGGAACAGAACCCCACGGACCCACCCUACUAUGGACGAGGACCCAUCCAGCUAACUCACGAUUACAACUACAGGCAAGCCGGGAAGGCGCUGGGGCUGGACCUGGUGAGCAACCCUGACCUGGUGUCGAGCGACCCCGUGGUGGCGUUCAAGACGGCCAUCUGGUUCUGGAUGACGCCGCAGUCUCCCAAGCCGUCGUGCCACGCCGUGAUGACCGACGUCUGGGCGCCCUCCGCCGCCGACCGCGCCGCGGGGAGGCUCCCCGGCUACGGCCUGACCACCAACAUCAUCAACGGCGGGCAGGAGUGCGGGCGGGGCCAGGGAACCGACGGCGCCAAGGACCGGGUCGGCUACUACAAGAGGUACUGCGACAUGCUCCGAGUGGGGUACGGGGACAACAUGGCCUGCAAGAACCAGAAGCCUUACGGAGGUGGCUAGCUGAGAACGAAUGAUCAAGUGAUAAGUCACUAGCUGAUCUGUGGUUGCCGUAUAUGACUACGCGUGCGCUAAGCUAGCCUUCACGUGUGUGUUUGCCUCUCUCUCUCUCUCUAUACAGCUAGUAGUAAGAAUAAAGCUAGCAGCUGCCUAGCACGCAAACUUGGCAACCUAUACCAGCUUCGGCAUGUGACGACUGUGGGUACUCUCUCUCCGUUUCAUCGUUUUGAUUUUGUUAGGUACAUAGAUUUUACUAUGUAUCUAGACAUAACUCUAUAUUUAGGUGCAUAGCAAGAUUUAUGUAUCUAGAAAACUCAAAACGAUCUAUAUUUUGGAACGGAGGGAAUACUAAUUAUGUCUUCAAAGAUGAUGUAUAUACUGUCUCAUCUCUUGAUGUAUUCUGUAAUGAUGCAACGAUGGAGCCAAUCAAUAAUAAUUGGUUGGAUA